UCUCCGGAGUCCGCGCCCUAAGGCCUGCGACCCCCGCGGGGUGACAACUCGGCUCUUCUGGGCCGCUCGGCCGGGCUUUGUUGUCCCUCGUGUGGUGUGCGUGGCUGCCCCACGCGGGACGCGGGCGGGAAGGUCGCUGCGGUGUCGCCCGCAGCCGCUGCUCCAGAGAAGCUGCUGAGGACUUGGUCGCCGUUUGAGACCCCCGAGGGGGCGGCAGCUCUUAGAAAGCAGGUCGCAUGGCUGCCAGGGCUCUCCUGGGUCCCAUCAGAGCCCAGCCACCUUCGAAACGGGGCUCAGGGAAACUGGGGGGUUGCAGCUUUGCGGUGUUGGUUGUAGGGACUGUUAGAAUCAGGCAACCAUUUCAUGCCUGCAUCACCCAGAAGUUGUGUAGGAGCCACUGAAUUAUAAUAAAUCUUCCCCUAACGUGGAAUAGAAAAAGAAGAGUUGGCUUGACCAUGACAAGUUAUCUAAUGAUGACAGUCUAAAGGGCACUUUAAUCUGAACUGAAUCAUGAACCCCUUUGAAAAGCUGAAAGAUACAUAGAUUUUUUUCUUCUCCCCCCCACUAAGAGAAAAGGGCUACUUAUUCCUAUGCAGAAUUUCUCCUAAACAUUUAGGUAUUUUGGGGACUCAUGGGUGGUAACCCUGUUCUACAAAGUGUUAGAACUUGACUUGUAUAACUUAGAGUCAGUUGUGUACCUUUUGCAAAACUGUUCGAAAAGAAGCAUUUUGUAGGAGUCCUUUUGUGGUAUUCUCUGUCUUUUUGAAGAUACCAUGCAGGCACAUUGCUACUGAAAUUUUGAACAAUGAAAUUCUGUGACAGUUUAAAUUCUAAACUAUCAGUAGUCCUCAACCUUCCUAAUAUUGCGAACUUUAAAUGUUCCUCAUGUUGUGAUGUCCCCAAGCCAUAAAAUUAUUUUCAUUGCCACUUCAUAACUGUAAUGUUUGCUAUUGUUAUGAAUUGUAAUGGACGUAGUUGAAAUGUGACUCUCAUGAGGUCAUUUGACGCCAAGGGGUCGCGCGACCCAGAGGUUGAAAACCAUUGGUUUAGAACUGUAAUGUCUGUAUGUCUGUCUCUAUGUGUGUGUGUGUAUAUAAUGUAUAUAUGUAUGUAUGUAUGUAUGUAUGUCUCUUACACUUUAUUCUUUUAUACCCUCCCAUAAUAGUUUUAGAAUAGAGAUUAGAAUAGCUGUGAAUUUAGUAAAAAUAUAUGCAGGGAAUCAUUUUCUAAAAUAUUUACUGGUUGCCUUCAAGAGUAGACAGACAUUUAGAGGUUUCUGAUGCUUACCCAGUUGUUGUGGGUCCUGGCCUGGAAGUGGCUUUAGUGAUGGAGAAGGUACUCAUUAUCCCUGGGGGCCAAAGAGAGUGAUUUCCAGCUAUCCAUAUAUGUCAAAACCCAUCUGUGAUGUCUUUGUAACCUAACCUCUAAAAUCUUACUCUUGGUAAUGGCCCUUGUUGGAAGUACAUCCCAGAAGCAUUGUAUCCAGGUUUCCAUUGUUUUCUAAGAGAACAUUUCAGAGUUAGCAGUUAAAUAAUUAAAAGGCUUCGAUGUUACACUGCAGUUUCUAGACAUUGACUCUUCCUAGAAUAUAGAGGAAGAAAAUAAUGUUUAGAUUUAAGGGAUUCAGACAAGAUAAAUCUUUAUAAAACUAUGUGUUCUCAGCUGACAGCAGUAAGUCAUAAAUCACAAUACUUCUUUCCAAUGAAAUAGUGGAAAAUUUCAUCUAUACACUGAGUGUGGAUUAUUUGUAUAGCAAUGGUGAUGUAAUUAUUUUCUCCUUGAGCUGAUAUAAAUACUGAAAUUAUUUAAAAUGAAGUUUUAUAAGAUAUUUAGAUAAACAAGUGUAGUGUAUCUAGCAAAUGAUCUGAGUGAAAGUCAGGAUAACGUUAGGGCUGGUUCAUGUGGAAAGCAUCUUUUUCUUACAAAUGUGAAGAAAAUGUGUCCUGGGAAUACUUACUGUAUGACAGAUAUACCCUUUGGCUAAUUCAAGCAAUUUUAGGAUCUAUAUGAUGAUAACAACAAACAAACAAACAAACAAAAAACCAGUCUUCUUUCCCACUCCCUCUUCUGAGUACCUUAGCAUAGACUGGCCUUUAACACAAAAUUGCAAUGUAGCCAAGACUGGCCUUGAGCUACUGAUCCUGCCAAAAACUCUUAAAGUGCUGGGGGGGAAAUCACAGACUUGUGACAUCUGCCAACCCAGCCUCCUGAUGGAGUGUAUUAGCAAUCUGUUUGGUUCUGAGACAGUAAAUGAUUUUCUGAUAUUAAAAAGCCCGUCUUUGUAUGCACAAAGUUAAUUCUGGGUGUUCUGAAACUGGUUUAUGCAAAUAGGUGAUUGACUAAGGGGAAAAGCAAAGGUAAGAGAGUGUCAGCUUUCUGCAGUGGAAAGAAAGUUGCUGCUGCUGUGGUGACAUUUAAGGAUGUAACAAAUGGGAACAGUAUGUAUACUUUAGAAACUACUAAGCAGUCCUUCCUCCCUCCCCUUCUUCCCUCCUUCCCUCCUUCCUUCCUUUCCUUCUUUCACUCAUUCUUUCUUUCAUUUUAGCAUUUAGUUGUGUUUUGUCUUUAUCCAGUAUUUCAGGUUUAUGGCUAACCUUGUACUGAAUAAAAGAAAGAAAAACCAAAAUGAAUAUUUUCUUACAUUUCCAUGCAAGGUCACAUAAAGUCUUUCCCGUAUACUUAAAAUAUAGCUAGAUGGCUACUUUAAAAUUGGAUAAGUGGUGUUUUUUGACUUUACAAGUUAUCUAGAGAAUAACUUGUAAAAAUGAUUUUUAAAUAAUUUUGACUUGAAUGUAUGUAUUUGUAAUCACUCUUUUUCAGAACGUAAACUAGUAUCAAAGUUAAUUGAAAGAUGGAUAUAUUUUCCUUAGGCUUUUGAAAUCUAGAAUUAGACAGCGAUAUUUUGAGUACUUCUGCUUACAAUAAAUAUGUUCCUUAAAAUAGAACACACACAUACACACACAGUUUUACUUUGUUUGAGACAGGGUCUAAAUAUGUAGCCCCGGUUGGUCUCAGACUAACAGUAAUCCUCCUGUUUCAGGUUUCCAAGUGCUGAGAUUACAGGUAUGAGUCACCAUUCCUAGUUUUGCAAGACAUAUUUCAAAAUUAAAUAUAUCCAAUCCUUAAAAUAUUUUGGAGUAGAAUAUUAUACUUUUAAAACAUGCUAAAAAUGUUACAGUUAGCAAGUUACAAGCACAGUGUUGCUUGCUCAUUGCUUUAAGCUUUGGAUUUGCAUCUUCAGAGUGGAUACAUCACUUAUAAGCUGCUUCGUGAUGUCAUAAUGAUAGUGGUCAUAGAUUACAACAAGUGAUGUUUUCUGCUAUGGUUUGGAGUUAGAUGCACCUCAGAGCACUCUGGUAACAAUGAGUGGUAACAACCCUGCCAGCUAAACUCAAGUGGACAUGUUCUUUCAUAGCAGUCAUUGGGCAUGAGGGGUGCAUUACAGCUUCUGUGACAUGAACUUGAUUAGUAAUUGGAAUUUAAUCACUGCUUGGAUUGAAUGAAGCUGGUUUAUUACUCUGAGGUCAGGAAAUAAAUGGACAAAGCUCUCUAUGUAAGAAGAAAGAUUACCUCAUUCAAAAGCAAGCUCAGAUUAUUCAUCAGCAUGGUUACCUGGUAAUGAAUCAUUAUGGCAGGCCACAGCUGUUCCAUCUAACCAUCGAAAUAACCAUCUCAGAAGACACAGCAUAACGUCUGAUAGUGGAGACACUGGAAUUGGCACUUCUUGUUCUGACAGCGUGGAAGAUCAUUCAACUUCAAGUGGCACGUUAUCUUUCAAGCCUAGUCGAUCAUUGGUCACUCUUCCCACUGCCCAUGUGAUGCCAUCUAACUCCAGUGCUUCAGUUUCCAAACAUAGAGAAUCUCUAACAUCAGAUGGCUCUAAAUGGAGUACUAGCCUCAUGCAGACACUGGGAGACCACAGCAGAGGGGAGCGGGACUCCUCCCUAGACAUGAAGGACUUCAGGCCCCUGAGGAAAUGGUCAUCUUUGUCCAAACUUACUGCCCCAGAUAACCGCAACCACAGUGGCAUUGCAUACCCGCAAGAGCUGAGGAAUAGCUUGGAGAUGACAGGGAAGGGCAAGCCUUUUAUGUCCCACUUAAGGACCUUCGGGCCAAGUUGCUUACAUGACAGUAUGGAGAUGCUUAAGCUGGAAGACAAGGAAAUAAAUAAAAAGCGGUCAUCAACUCUGGACUGCAAAUAUAAAUUUGAGAGCUGCAACAAAGAAGACGUCAGAGUGUCUUCCUCUGCUCUCAGGAGACAGACUUUAGACAUGACAUACAGUGCCUUACCUGAGAGCAAGCCCAUUGUGACAGGCUCAGAGACUUUUGAGUCUCCAAAGUAUUUAAUGCUGGGCCAGCAGGCAGUAGGUGGAGUUCCCAUUCAACCUUCUGUGAGGACUCAGAUGUGGCUAACAGAGCAGUUACGGACAAACCCAUUGGAAGGCAGAACCACAGAGGAUUCUUAUAGUUUAGCUCCUUGGCAACAGCCACAAACUGAAGAGUUUCAGCAAGGAAGUGAGACGCCAAUGCAGGUUUUGACUGGAUCAUCUCGUCAGAGUUAUUCACCUCCUGGCUUCCAGGAUUUCAGUAAAUGGGAAUCAGUGCUGAAAAUAAAAGAAGGACUUCUGAGGCAGAAGGAAAUUGUAAUUGAUAGGCAGAAGCAACAAAUUAACCACUUACAUGAAAGGAUAAGGGAUAAUGAACUACGGGCCCAGCAUGCUAUGCUAGGACAUUAUGUAAAUUGUGAAGACUCGUACGUGAGUAAUUUACAGCCUCAAUAUGAGAGCAGUUCAGGCCAGAGUCCAUUUACAGAGCAGCCAUUGUCCCAUCCCCACCAAGAAGAACUUGAGCAAAAGCUAGCAUCUACUGAGAAAGAAGUUUUGCAGCUCAAUGAGUUUCUCAAACAACGAAUAAGCCAAUUUAGUGAAGAGAAGAAGAAAUUAGAGGAGAAGUUGAAAACCAGAGAUAGAUACAUCAGCAGCCUGAAAAAGAAAUGCCAGAAGGAAUCUGAGCAAAACAAAGAGAAGCAGAGGAGAAUUGAGACCUUGGAAAAGUACCUGGCAGACCUUCCAACUCUAGACGACGUACAGAGUCAGAGUCUACAGCUUCAAGUUCUUGAAGAAAAAAACAAGAAUUUGCAAGAGACUUUGAUAGACACAGAGAAGCAGCUUGAGGAGAUUAAGAAGCAAUGUCAAGAUAAAGAAGUCCAGCUACUGUGUCAGAAGAAGAAGGAAAAGGAGCUGGUAACUUCUGUUCAGAGCUUACAACAAAAAGUAGAAAAAUGCCUUGAAGAUGGAAUCCGCCUUCCCAUGUUAGAUGCCAAACAACUUCAGAGUGAAAAUGAUAAUCUGAGAGAGCAGAAUGCAACAGCCAGCAAGAUAAUAGAGAGCCAGCAGGACGAAAUUAACAGAAUGAUUUUAGAAAUUCAGUCUAUGCAAGGGAAACUUUGUAAAGAGAAACUGACUGCACGGAGUACUGUGGAAGAGCUAGGAAGGAAAGAAGGAAGCCUCCAGAGGUUGACAGAAGCACUACUUGAAAACCAAAGACAGAUGGGAGAGACGUACUCUUUACUGGAUCAGGGCCACGAAGCAGAAGAGUCUAGGCCACAGACCAUUCAUUCUAAGUGGCCUCUCUUUGAUUUGACUGUGAUUGAUCAGCUGUUCAAGGAAAUGUCGUAUUGUUUGUUUGACUUGAAAGCAUUGUGUAGUAUUCUUAAUCAACGUGCUCAGGGCAAGGAGCCUAACCUCUCAUUGUUACUGGGAAUCCGAUCAAUGAACUGUUCAGCUGAAGAGACUGAAAGUGACCACAGCCCAGAAACGCUCACUAAAAAGCUCUCGGAUGUGUGCCAGUUACGGAGGGACAUUGAUGAAUUGAGGACUACAAUAUCAGACCGCUAUGCUCAGGACAUGGGAGACAACUGUGUUACCCAGUGAUCAAGUCUUGGUCCACAGCAACAAUGAUCCAUUAUGAAAUGCUGCUGUGUU